AUGGCCAUCAUCUCCAUCGCCGCCACCAUGAUCGUCACGUUGUCACCACCACCGCCCUCAUCCCCGUCUUCAGGAAGCGAAGGCCAUCUGCCCUGGGUUUCCCGCCCUCUCCUCUUCUUCCUGGUGGACGUCUUACAAAAGGGAGACCCUGGUAACUGCUUCAAAGACAGCAAGCUCUGCGCACCAGGGGUUUUGACACCCCUGCCAUCCCCCCCAACCCCCGUGCCUGGCUGCCGGUGUAGAGCCGGUCUCUUCUGGGCGCCUUCUGAGGAGUCCGAGCCUGCUCUCCUCGCUGUGCUGCAGGCUGAGUCCGGCCCCGCUGACCAGGAGGCUUCCGCCACUGGCCCUGGGUCGCCGGACCCUGUGCCGCCCCCACUGUGCCGCCCUGGACAGGCCGAGGCCCGCUCCCUUCACACCCGCCCGUGGGGAGUGUGGACGGGCGUCCCGGCUCAGCCCACUUGGGCGCGGACGCCCGCCCUCCUCCAUCUGUACCCGCGGCAGCCGCCGCUCGUCGUCCACGUCCACGCGGGCGGUCUCCACGUCGGGGCCUCUCAGGGCUCUGCCUGCGGACUCCUUGCGGGCCUCUUUCCGGUCACGGUCACGGACCUUGGCAGUGUCCCGAGGCGAGCUGCAAAGAGCAGCGAGCCCGGGUGUGCAGCCGGCUCCUGGGGCGCACAGCCACCCAGUCAAAGGAGGCCGCUUACCCCGCAGAGGGCAAAAGCCUUCCCGGCAGCGAGCUCCGAGGACGCGGGCGCCCCGGGCCUCCGCUGUCCCCGUGGCGGGCAGGGCGUGUGGGCCUCUCCCGAGACGGAGGCUGUCGGGGAAAAGUGGGCCGUGGGCACUCUGGGGCCCGCUCCGCGUCCUCCUGCGGCUGCCCGGGGCUGCCCCCUCCGGCCCGGCUGGGGUGGAGCAGAGGGAGCCGGCUCUGCCCAGGCUCGGGGAGCCCGCGAGAUCCUCAGAGGACCGAGGCGGGGCUUCGGAACAGGCCUGGUGGCCACGGUCCCCGCCCGACCCCCUGAGAAGCCGGCGCCGCCCGGGCGGGAUCGGAGGGCGAGCGGCCACCAGGACCUGGCCGGCCAGCGGGACGAGCUGGGCCGGGGCCUGCGUGGCGUGGAGCAGAAGGUGCAGUCGCUGCAGGCCACGUUGGGCACGUUGGAGUCCACACUGCGCAGUGCCCAGCACAAACAGGACCUCACCGAGAAAGCCGUGAAGCAAGGGGAGAGCGAGGUGGGCCGCAUCGGCGAGGUCCUGCAGAAGCUGCAGGAUGAGAUCCUCAAGGACCUGUCGGACGGCAUCCACGUGGUGAAGGAUGCCCGCGAGCGGGACUUCACUUCCCUGGAGCACACGGUGGAGGAGAGGCUGACGGAGCUCACCAAGUCCAUCAACGACAACAUUGCCGUCUUCACCGCUGUGCAGAAGCGGAGCCAGGAGGAGAUCGACGACGUGAAGGCCUCGGUGCGGGAGAUGCAGGGCUCGGCCCAGUCCCGGGGCGAGGACCUGGCGGCCUUGCGGAGCUCCCUGCAGGCCCUGGAGGCCGAGGUCUACGCCGAGGUGCGGGAGCUGGUGAGCCUCAAGCAGGAGCAGCAGGCCUUCAAGCAGGCGGCCGAGGCCGAGCGCCUGGCCCUGCAGGCGCUCACUGAGAAGCUGCAGCACUCUGAGGAGGCCUCCUCGCACCUCCCGGAGGAGGUCAGGGGGCUGCAGGAGGAGGUGCGCCAGCUCAGGGUCCAGGCUCCCCGGCCGGAGGGGGACGCUGGCUCCGGACACGCGGACGCCCUCGAUGCCCUGCUGCAGAAGGGCAGGGCCCUGGACUCCAGGCUGCAGGGUGUGGAGUCGGGCAUGAAUGCCCUACAGGAGGCCUCCGCACGCCAGGCCGAGAGCCUGCAGUCACUGCUGUCCAGGGGCCAGGAGCACGAGGAGCGCCUGGCCGUGCUGCACGGCCACCUGCAGGGCCUGGGGCCCAAGGCGGACCGGGACGGCCUGGCCAGCACCGUGCAGAGCCUGGGCGAGGCGCAGCUGGCGCUCUACGGAGACGUGGAGGAGCUGAAGAGGAGCAUGGGCGAGCUGCCCGGUGCCGUGGAGUCGUUGCAGCGUGUGCGUGAGCAGGUCACCACACUGCUCCAGGAGGACCCGGCCGCCCGGCCGCUGACCCCCGACCUGCUGGACAAGCUAUCCUCGCUGGACAGCCUCAGGUCCUCGGUGAGCCAGGCCGAGUUGGACUUGAAGAUGCUCAGGACUGCUGUGGACAGCUUGGUCGCGUACUCGGUCAAGAUUGAAAGGAACGAGAACAACCUGGAAUCCACCAGCGCUCUGCUUCAGGGCCUGAGGGAAGACCUGGACAGGUUGUUUGUGGAAGUCGAAAAGAUUUACGAAAGGAUCUAGCGAAUCGUGGGUGCAGGGUGAGCAUUUGCAGGCUGGUUUCUCACGACCAGGGAAGCUCCGUGUGCUCCCAUGUGGGUGCCCCGCUUCUGGCACCUGGCUGUGCGGCUCUGCUGGGCUCACUUCCGCGCAGUGACCUGCACACGCCUGGUGUCCUCAGCCUCUGCGCCUCCCUGUGGUUGGUGUCCUGGAGCCUGGUGUCAGGGAGAGGCGUGGCCCAGCUGGGGAUUAGCAGCAGCAGAUUAACGCCGACCUCACAAACCCUGUCUGGCUGACAGAUUUCAAGUUAGAAAAAAAUGUGGGGGGCAGGCACUUCUUUCCUAAUUGUCUUUGAGAAACGUUACUUUUACUCUGUCCAUACUUCUGGCCAGUGUUUGGGGACAUGUCUCUUGUUCAUUGUCUUCCUCUUAGGAGUGGUUGGCGCUCCUGGGGGUCAGCGAGUGGGUGGGCUCUCCUCCGUUCUGAGUGGGUCCACCUGAGGGCCACUGCCGAGGCCCCUGUGGCCUGGGUGUCUGUCCCUCCCCAGCCCUCUGGUGCCAUCCAGGGUAACUGCAGAGUGCGGCGUAUGGAAGCGCAGCCCCGUCCCUGGUCCCUUCAGUCCCUGGUCGCCGAGCCGGGCCAGCGGCCGGAAUCCCAGGGAGGAGAGUGGCUCUUCGGGAAGCGGCCGAGUGCUCUCCAGUCUCCGUCUCCGGAUCUUGACAGCGGUGUGGGCGAAGAGGUCUGCAGCCGGAGCAGACCCCUGCGUUUCUGUAAGUGUUUCCUGCACCCCUUCCCUUCGAGCUGUGUCGUUCUUUAAUGGCUGUCUUGCCCUUCCAAAAAAACCAAAAAAACAACAAAACAACAAAAGAAAACAAAAAAUCUGAAAAGUAAAAGAAAGGGGGAAAAUAGUUUAGUUUACUGUGAAAUGAACUGUAUGGCUUAUUUACAAUAUUUUUAAUUCUUAAUAAACUCUUGAGCUUUGUUAA